UGCACAAACGAAAUCUAGCUCUGAAGAGAUGUCUGGGGUAUCUUCAGAAAACGAAGAUAAAGAUGAAGAUGUUGAUCGUGACGGAGAACAUGACGUUAUUUGCAUCGAAUCUUUGAUUUACCAGAGGUCACUAAUAGGCCAACUGAAGCAGAUGGCUUUUGCUGGCCUGAUCUCACUGCAGAUCGGGCUGUUAUGCAUACUGGAGAAUAUCUUCCACUACAUCUGCAAAUUCCCAUUAGGCUGUUCUCCGUACGGGAUCAACAAAGCAAAGUUUAACAAGCUAUCCAGCUUGACGUCAAGGGAAUCAAGUUUUGGAGCAUUAGUACAAAAGCUUGUGCUCGUCAUCAACAUUUUCAAACUCUAAACUUAUUACGAAAUCCCUCGAUCAGUUCUGCCGCAAGAGGUCAACUAUGUACUGGCCAUCGAUGUAC